AUGUCGAGCCGUUCCGACGAUUCGUUGGAUCCGCUCUUUCACUAUGAACCAAGCCGUAUAGACGCCGAGGCGAGAGGCACGGUGGAAUCCUCCGAGGCGUCUGCUUCGCCGAGCCCCUCCAAUCACUCAUCUGACGAAGCGUCAAACCAUGAAAACCCAUCAGAUGUCGGCUCUCCGGAUGGCGAGCCGUCGGUUUCGAUGAGCCAUCCCCAGGAUCCCGUUCUUAACGAGGACAUUAACCGCGCCGCGCCCAAGGCCGAGGUGGAGGCAUUUCCCUUUGAUCUUUUCGAGGCGAAGCUUGAAUUGGAACGCCUCAUGGCGUCCCGGGGCGCUUCCACAUCUGGGCGAGGGCUGAGAGUUAAGAGACAAAAACCCGACCCGCCUGGAUCUACACUCUGCUCCCUUGAGUCGCUCGAGGCGUUGAGGCAUCGCUUCGGAAUAUCCGAGGCGGUGGAGUUCGUCGUUCCAGAGAAGAGCGACCGAGCCGACAACCCUCUAGAGAAUCAUUUCACUCUGUACGAGGUGUUCUUCGAGCUUUGCUUCCUCUGGUUUCCGAUCCCCGGAGUGAUCCUCGAAUAUCUUUGGAAACACGGGAUCUCGAUUGGGCAGAUUAUGCCGAGGGGAUUACGGCAUAUGAUUGGCAUUUUAGUACGAAGCUUCGAAUGCGGUCUUGACAUCGAGCUAAAUCACCUGCUGAACUUGCUGGAAAUCAGGAAAGCUCCAAAAGGAAAUAGGUUCUAUAUUUCCAACAAGGCGAAGCGACGGAUCAUUGGUGGUUUCCCCAGCAAGGAUCAGUUUUGGACUGAACGCUUCUUCUACGUCUUGGUGAACGAGGCGUCGGUCGGCGAAGAUUACGUUCACCGAACCAAGACAACUUGGGGACCACUUGUUCGGUGCUAUCUUCCCCCGAUUCCCGACGACCUUUUUACUGUUCAAGACUCUCUUUCGGCGCGGAAGGUUAAUUGGAGAAAGAACUUCUCCCUCGAAAGAGUAGAGAAAUCGCGAGCCAUCCUUGCCGGAGUCCCUGUUAGCUCUUCAUCCUCCAGUUCUUCAAGGGAUACUCGAGAGAAGAUGGUGAUAAUCGCUCUUAGGGAGAGGAAGAGGCGUGAGGCGGAAGAGGCCGCGAGACGAGCUGCCGAGGCGGCUCAGGCGCAGACCGAGGCGGUCCUGGCGCAUACCGAGGCCAUUCCUCAACCCGAACCCCCGAGCCGGGAAGGAGAUGAAACGACCCGAGCCGCAGAAGACUGCACAGCCGAAGUGGUCGAGAGAAAUGCGGCGCCCGAGGUGGAACCGGGUGAAAUUGUUUUCGAGGCGUCCGGGGGCGAUUCGGCGGUUCGGAGCAAAGAGCCUUCGAGCUCUGCUAUUCUAGCCCUCCCGAAGUCGACAAGGCCCCCGACUUCCGCCGUUCAGAAACAUGACCCGAGCCGAAAACGUUCGGCUGCUGAUAAAGGGCAGGGGGUAGCUGUUCAGAGGGACGAGCCGUCCAAGAAGAGGCGGAAGCCGACGCUCGGGGACUCCGCCGCGCGCAAGUUGGUCGUCGACGACCCUGAUGCCUCCGCCAUCAUGUUUUCGCGUGUAAAUAACGCGAACACGCGUCUUCCUCCUCCAGAGAAGUUGAGGAGGCCGAGGUCUUACGGCGCAAUGGCGCAGCGCGGGACCAAGUUUGUCGCAGCCAUUAACGACCUAAUGGCCGAGUAUGAGGCGGACCUGUCUAAGGUCGAACGUCGUUUGGCCGAGGCCAGAACUGAGUCCGCAGCGUCAAAGACGAAGCUAGAAGAGGCUCAGACCGAAGCCGCGGCGGCAAAGGGGAAACUGGACGAGGCGAUGACCAGGGUGUCCAGGUUGGAAGAGGAGAAGAUCGUUCUUCGCGCCAACGUUGAUAAGGUCUCCACCUCGGUCAUUCGCCUCGAGGAGGCGAGAAGAGCCAAGAGCGCCGAGGAGGCGUUGCUGGAGAGGCGUAUCGAAGCCAAGGACUCCUUAUUCGAUGCCAAGGUCAAGAGGGCGAAAAAGGAGGCGAGGCGAGAGCUUACGGCAAAGUUUCAGGAGCGCCUCGCCAAGGUGGAAGAGGGUUUGGUCAGGCUUGAGAAAGCCAAAAAUGAUGAGAACGAUCUGGGACAGAUCAAGGGCAAUCUUGCGAUGAUUGCCGACCUGAAGAAGUCGGACGCCCCAACGCUUGACGACAAGGAGGCGAAGCUGAAAAGCUGGGAAAGUGAGUAUGCCAACGACGAGGCAUACGAGCGUAUUGCUUCCGAGAUUCGGGGCGAGCUGUAUUACUCUCCCGUAUUGCCGGAUUCGGUCGACACCACCCUCGGCAACAAGCCGCUCGAAGAGACAGCGGCCAACUUAGGCGUGGAAUAUCCGAACGGAUCAAACGCGGGCACGCCAGUUCUCUCGAACCUCCUCGCCGAACGUGAGACGCAGUCUGCGGCCUGA